UAAUAACUUAACCGUUGAACUCCCGCCAUUUUCAGCUCACUCUUCCUUCUUCCCCCUUUCUUUCUCCAUUUCUGCAAAUUCUUCUGCUCAAAACCUCUCAAAUUCCCCUUCUCCAUCCAUGAAUUGCACCAAUUGCGCAUUCCGAACUGCACCCUUUGCCCCUCUCCCGCAAACCCCCCUCCUCAACCGCUCGCCGGCCGGGAGCUUGCGGCCCAGCUGCCGAAACCCUAGGCCCCUCGUCUUGCCGAAAAGGAGCUUGCUUUCGUCCGGAAGGCGGAGUCUCCGGGCGAGGUCGUCAGCCGAAGAUGGCAGCGGCGGGGGAGUCGAGAGAUGGGUGGAGCGGCUGCCGAGGGGCGUGCUUGGGGCCGAUAAGGUGCUGCGGUUGAUCGCCAAUGCUACCGCCAGCCCCAUCAGCCAGUUCGUGGCGGCGCCCACCACGUUCUUGCAUUUGGUGGAUCCCAGGAUCAAAUUGGUUUGGCUUCUGGUUCUUGUUGUUUUACCAGCCAGGUCCCACAUAAUAAUGCGUUUUGGGCUAGUGUUGUACCUGGCCUUUCUUUCUGUGUGGAUUCUACCGAGACAUACAUGGAUGGAUCAACUGGGAAGAGUAACGUUGCUCUCUGGCAUUCUUUUUAUAAUGUUGGGAUUCGGAUCAGAUGGUGUGCCUCCAUUAGUCCAGUCAAGAACUCCACCCCCCACGAUGGUUGGAUUGCCCAAUGUUCCUCCAUCUUUUGAAGGUUAUUCAUACUUAAUUAUGAAGCUGGGACCGCUACGAUUUACAAGGAAGGGCUUGUCAGUGGCUAGCACAGCUGCCUGUUUAACAUUCACUAUUUUCCAAGGUGCGAGCCUUUGCCUAACAACUACAACACCAGAACAACUAGCAUCUGCUUUGAAGUGGUAUAUGCUCCCAUUUAGUUAUGUUGGUGCGCCAGUUGCUGAAAUUAUCCUCACCCUCUUGCUCUCAUUAAGGUUCAUUAAUCUUGUAUUUGAUGAGGUCCGUAAUGUGGCACUUGGAAUAGUAUCUCGUAGAAUAAGUUGGCAAAAGUUGACCAUGAUGGAGACAAUUGAUGUGUUCAUUUCCUACAUUCGUCGGAUCUUCAAAAAUAUAUUUACCCAUGCCGAGCAGAUCUCACAGGCGAUGAUUAUAAGAGGCUUCAGAGGUGACAGCAACAAGCACAAGAUUUAUUUCCGAUCAACCUCAUCAAAUGGCAUGGCAGAUACUGUUUCCUUAUUGUGCCUGAUGGGCAUUGUAGGUGCAGCAAUUCUGUCCGAUUACUUGAUCGUUUGAUGCUUAAAUCAAUAUAUCAUUAUUUUGUGUUUAAGUAUAGCAGUGUUCCCGGGUUUUCCAAAUCAUAUCUGUGUAUAAGUAGGAAUUUUACCCGACAUGGAUGGCAUCAUAGGUGCAGCAACAAAUCGACCCUUGUUUUCUCUGUAUUGGGAACUUGCUCUGCAUUGAUCAGGUUCUUAGCGUAA